AUGGCUGCAAAUUUUUGUUACACAUCUGCUUACUGGCAGGUUACACACUCGGCCACACGCUGGCUAGCUCUCUCUAGCCCUCUGUGUUCGCACUUUCCACUCCUUCCUGUUCCUCUCACACGCGCACACGCAAUCUCUCCGUCUCUCCGUCUCUCUCUACUCCUCCUUUCUCCUCCCUGUACAGUCUCCCUACUCCCUCUCUCUACUCCCUCCUGCUACACCCUCUCCCUACACCCUCUCCCUACACCCUCUCCCUACACCCUCUCCCUACACCCUCUCCCUACGCCCUCUCCCUACACCCUCUCCCUACGCCCUCUCCCUACACCCUCUCCCUACACCCCAGCACUGCCUCCUCCUAUUCACUCUGCCUUCUCCUCCCAGUUCUUCUCAGCUCACUCCUUUCACAUCUACUCGCAACUCGCUCUCCCCACGUCAAUCUCUGGUCUACCCUCCUCCUACACUCAAACCUUUCUAUUACUUAAUUUUACAUUAAAACACCUAAUUAAUUACAAACUUUAUAAAUAUAAUAUAAAUAUAUAUUCAGCGACUUGA